CUACAAAUCUAUUACAUUUAUUGAGGAUGGCCCAGCGGUACAGGGGACAAUAGAAGGUCAAUAGGAUGAUAUAUGGGUGAAAGCUCCAAACGAAAACAACCCAAAACCUGGGAAAUAGUAAUCAGUGGAACUUGGCCAAAACAGUUUGUGGAGAAACUAAGAGAACGAAACAACAGAGAGACAGCCCCCUAUGAGGACAUCUUUAAUAGCUUCGCGUCGCUGUACAGUACACUAGAGCAGUACAGAGGAAAGAUAAAGAAGUUAGACUAUGAGAAUCUCAGGAGACAGGAGGAUAUUAAGAGUAUUAUAAACGAUCCUGGCAAGAAACUCACAGAAAAUGACAAGAACUUUCUAUCUCUUCAGCAGGAGAAUAUUCAGCUAAUAAGACAGCAUGAGAACACGCAGAGAGAGAUGCUGAGAAUGGCUAUGAAGGUUAAGGAUGUGGGCAGUAAAGAGACUCAGAUCAUUAACUUGGAUGGGAAGUGCUUCCGUCUAGAGCAGGAAAAUGGUGUGCUGAGAGACGAGUUUACAACUCUGCAACUAAUGUGUAGAAAACUAGAGGAGGACAACAAGAAUCUACUGAUGGAGAACCAGCACAUGCUGGAGAAAAUACUUCUCCACAAAAAGGAGGAGGCGGAUGUAGUGAACAUGCACAACGACACAAUGAAAAAGUUAAAAGAGCACCAGAUGUUCUACGAAUUAGAAAGUGCAAGAAAAGAAGAUAACAACUCGCCCGAACAAUCUUUGGGUGGAAUAUCGAAUAGUGGUGCCGGGGGGCGUGCUGGACUAUUCUCUCGUUUAUUCCGCAAAUCUGAGUCUGAGAGCGAGGACCACGAAUCAAGGCACAGUUCUGUUUCAUCACGCUGCAGACUCUACUCUGGACCUGCUAUCAUACCAAGCCAAGUUACCAACAAAGUGGAGCAACAUUCGAGCGAGUUAUACUCGUUAGCCUUCAGUUAUCAAGGGACCAUGUUUGCUACCGGAGGUGCAGAUAAAUGUGUCAAGUUAUGGAGAUCCAGUAAUCUGCCAAAUGUUGAUAGUAUCAGCACCUUGACUGGGUGCAAUGCUGGAGUUAUGAGUAUUGACAUUGACGAACGGGAUCAAUACGUGGUGGCAGGAUCAAACGACUCAGCAGUUAGAAUGUGGCAAGUGGCUGGUGGGCAAAUCCGCUCCACUUUCAUGGGACACGACAACAAGAUUUACUGCGUCAAAUUCUACAGCCACUCUCAGAAAAUAGUGUCUGGAAGUCAUGAUAGGACCCUGAGGUUGUGGGACGUCAGAACUAACAAAAAUGUACGGACGAUAUUUGCUCGGUCAAGUUGUCACGAUCUCGCUGUGCUUAGUGAACAAGGUACGGACAUUGUGAGUGGUCACUUCGACAAACGCUUGAGGUUCUGGGAUGAGAGACAGGACACAUCUUCCUUUGAAAUGCUCCUAGACGGUCGGAUAACAAGCCUGGACCUGAGCGGAUGUGGAAAGUACCUCGCAUGUAGUUGCAAGGACGCGUCCACGAUAAAGUUCAUAGACCUCAAACUAAGACAAGCGAUAGCGACCUUCACAGCAGAUGGGCUAAGAAUGGGGGAACACACACGCUGUUCCUUCAGCCCAGACGGACAGUACAUAGCAUGUGGUUCUACAGACGGCAACAUAUUCGUCUGGAACACGCGCACUCUUAAGAGAGAGGAGGUCCCUAAAAUGCACAGCUCAGCGGUUCCGGUUGUUAAGUGGCACCCCAUGGGUCAAGCCUUUAUCAGUCUGGAGAAGAGCAAGAAGUUCUACGUGUGGUCAGAUCUGUCAUGAUGACACGUGAUGCCCAUAUAAGGAGAACACGUGAUCUGUCAUGAUGAACACGUGAUGCCCAUAUAAGGAGAACGCGUGAUCUGUCAUCAUGAUGUCACGUGAUGCCCAUAUAAGGAGAACGCGUGAUCUGUCAUCAUGAACACGUGAUGCUCCUCAGAUAUUUUUGCCUCCCUGAUAGUUAGAUAUCUGGCCUCGUCAGCAGAGAAGCAAUGUUACACACUUUUACCAUUUGUUGUCAUGGUUCCAUCAUUCAUUCGAACCUCCUUUUUUAGCGGGUGCGGCGAUGCACUAAUGGAUGUUUAGGCAGGGUUUUGUACAAAAGGUUUUCUACCGGUAUAUUCAGAGAUUGAAAAUAGAGUUGUAUUCCAGCUCAUUCAUGUUAUGAUUUAUGGCAACCUAUGUAAAUUGAGCUACGUAAUUUGUAUAAUUUUCGUGUCCAUCUAGAUUCUAGACCUUGUGUGUAUAAUUACUCAAUAAACAGUAGGUGAGUAGGAGUGAAACUGAAAUGAAUAUUUGACUUUGUAUUACCUUAUAUGGUAGUAUUACUAUGGUAACACUACCAUAUAUGGUAGUAUUACUAUGGUAACACUACCAUAUCAGGUAAUGUUACUUUGUAUUGGUAGCACUUUAUGGUGAUUUUAUGAUUAGUACUGUCUAAUGUUUCGAGUUCUAAAAUAGCAUAACAUUGUAGUUAUGAUACUUUGUGAUCUGCUAAUUUGUUAUCGUACCAUGUUGACGUUGUUA